AUGCCGCCAAAGCCCUCAACUGUCCCCGCUGCAUCGAAGCCAGCAGCUGCUCAAGCCGAUCCUGAUGGACUGUCUUUGAACAAGAGCGCGCAAGGAAUACAGCACACAAACGCGAAGAGAAAGAGGUACAGGGAGAAGAGACGACGAUCAAACAAGAGCAAGCACUUCUCAAGUGGUGAUGCGCCCGCGACUACCACAAAACCUAUCAGUGAGACGGCCAGCGCCAGUGAGGUCGAGCCUGAAGAGACCAACAGUCGUGCCAUACCGUCUUCCCCUUCAGAUACAGACACGAUCGCCACCGAACCGCUUCCACGGUCCCAGUAUGGACGCACAACUAUGCCAUAUUCCGCGGCUCUUUUCGUAGACGUACCGGUCGUAGCGUAUUUCGAGCUCCGUGAUCUGCCCAGCGCUGGGCACGACGAAGGCGAUCAUGACCAAGGUCUUUUUGCUACUCAAAAGAUGGAGCGAGGCACACGCAUCAUUUCCGAGCGCCCGCUGUUUACUCUUCCAGCUCCCGGCGACCAACUAGCAGAGCUAAUGGCAGCUUAUGACAACCUUUCCAAAUCGGAUCGAACCCGCAUAUGGAACCUUAGACCAGCUGCUCCAGAGGCAUCUGAGCAGCUCCACAAUCUUCGUUUCCUCGUCGAUAGGCUCAAUUCCGACUUGCAGAACAUCUUCCUCAAGUCAGAAGCGACCAGGACGCACGAAGAGCAAACAGCUCUGGACAAGAUGAAACCGAAACUCGAGCAUGCGAUGAAUGUUUGGCGUAUAGCCGCGCGGUGGCACGCAAAUCGUUGCUCCAUGACCGACCUCCCAGAAGAACAGCGGGCGCAUCUUCCACAGGGCACACCGAUCACAGGCUUGUUCAUCGAGAGAGCACAGAUCCGCCACUCGUGUGUCCCCAACUGCUUUGCGAGCUACGACGCCAAUCGCGGUUUUAUGAAUGUACAUGUCACCCGAGACAUCGCCGCAGGUGAAGAGCUUACCCUGUCCGCCUUCGCUGACAACAUGUACUACAAAGACGCCCAAGAUCGCAGUGAGGAGCUAUCCGCAUGGGGACUGACGUGCGACUGCGAAGCCUGCGACAAGAAACAUCCCAAGUUCGAGCUUCACGAAGCAGCACGGCGGCGAGCUCACACACGCGUCAUUCUGCUCGUCGACCUCUUGACACGCUUGGAGAAGGCUGAUUUCACACAGGACGAGCUCUCCAGAACCCAAGACAUGGCCAUGGCGCUCAUCCGCGACCUCAGAGCCACAGGCUGCGAAAGUGUCGAAACCGUACGCUGGCGCAACGUACUCGUCGAUCGCGUUCUCUCGGCGCGUGCCUUGGUCAUUCCCGAGAACGAUAGGCUCCUGGCAUGGCAAAUCAUCCUGGGUCACGUGAAGGAGUGCGAGAAGGUGGGAGGCAUCUGCUAUGGGCAAGACCGCGAGGAGUUCAGGGUGCUCCGACGGACCAGGGAGGCUACUCAGGCUUGCGUGGAUACUGCCAUUGCCUACGACGAGGAGCAUGCGCCGGAGUCUAUCUUGAGAAGCAAGGGCAAGGGUGCGGAGGAGUGA